GAGCCCGGGCCGGGACGCGGACGCCGCGAGCGGGCGCGCGGCCUCGGUCGCAGACGCGGACCCUCUGCAGCACAGGGACAGACGUUAGCUUCCCUUUGUGCCCAGUCCAGCGCAGAGUAGGUGUUACUAAGUGAUCGCUGGGUGAGGAAAUGAAUGACAGAUGAAAACACAGGCCCGCAGCCCAGACUCCUCUUUCACGGCUCUCCCUGCUGCGAACGGGCCGACCACAAACCGCCACCACUCCCAGCCACCCCAGUUCAUGGAAUUCCCCCAGACGGCUGCCGGCUGCGUUCGGAGGCCCCGUCUGUAAAGUGCCCUCCUGGCGAGCUGGUUUCAGUGCGCCGUGCCGUGUACAGCAGCCGUGGAACGUUGAUGGUGGAGAGGGCUGUUCUAAGGUGGAGUGCGAAGUGGACGGAGACGGAGAUAGAGAUGCUGAGGGCUGCUGUGAAGCGAUUUGGGGACGAUCUUAAUCACAUCAGCUGUGUCAUCAAGGAACGGACAGUAGCUCAGAUAAAGGCCACUGUGAAACGCAAGGUAUAUGAAGACUCUGGCAUCCCCCUUCCAGCUGAGUCACCCAAGAAAGGGCCCAAGAAGGUGGCAUCUGGUGUCUUGUCACCUCCAGCUGCCCCUCCUCCCAGCAGCUCCAGUGUCCCUGAGGCCGGGGGUCCCCCCAUAAAGAAACAGAAGGCUGAUGUGACACUCAGUGCUCUGAACGACUCCGACGCCAACAGUGACCUGGUGGAUAUUGAAGGGCUAGGAGAGACUCCUCCAGCUAAGAAACUCAACUUUGACCAGGACAGCCUGACCCUGGAUUCUGGCCUUCUCAUGACUUCUGCUGAUCCUCCUCUCCUCUCCUGCUGAGGCUUCCUCCUCUGACCCCUCUCACUGUUCAUGCCAGACCUGUGGAUCGCCUGGGACUCUGAGCAAGGCCUGCGCGAGAGAGAGCUGAAAGGCUGCGCGGGCUGCCACCUCGCUGCUCCCACAUGAGCACCUGCCCCCAACCCCUUUGACCUUCCUCUGAGGGACAUUUUUAUACAGAAAAUAAUAAAGAUUUCCCGCUCAGC